CUGACGUACCGGUUCGUGGUCGCGUAUAGUCCACGUAGUAAAAUGUCGUGUGAAACCGAGUUACCUGAAGGGGCAAAAGAUAUAUUUUCUUCUGCAUUUUCAGAAUUACCAGGAAAGAGGUCUUUGAAUGUAAAUUUUCAACAUGGGACAGUGCAAAGAAUUUCAAGCUAUUGUACUUGCAGGCGGAAAAGGCUCACGAAUGACUGAGCUUACCGCUGGGCGCCCAAAAUGUUUACUGCCUGUUGGGAAUAUGCCCAUGAUUUGGUAUCCAUUGAGCGUGCUCGAAAAGUCUGGAUUUACGGAUGUGAUUGUCAUAGUCUCGGAGUCUAUGAAAAAUGAAGUCGCACCGUGUUUAGACAAACUAGGACUGGAUAUUAAAUUAGAUAUAAUAGGAAUUCCUGGAGGAGAAGACAUGGGCACUGCAGACUCGAUCAGAUUCAUACACGAGAAGAUUCAUUUAGAUUGCGUAGUCAUCUCGUGUGAUUUAAUUAUGGAUGUUGAUAUGUCAGAACUUUUAAAUUUGUAUAGAAAACAUAAUGCCAGUAUAACAGCCUUAAUGCUGCCAGUGCCAAAAGUCCCGGAAAGCUUUGUCGUACCAGGUCCCAAAAGCAAACAGAAGCCGGAGAUAGAUUUAAUUGGUGUUGACAAUAAAACAAAUCGUUUGAUUUUCUUAGCAUCUGCUUCAGAUUUUGAGGAUACCGUUACAUUAUCUAGGAAGCUAUUGAAAAAACAUACUAGCUUCACUAUUCAUUCAAAGCUCUUGGAUGCUCACUUAUAUAUUCUUAACAAAUGGGUACUCGAUUUCCUAGUAUUCAACAAAAACUUUAGUACAUUGAAAGGUGAACUGCUUCCGUACAUUGUCAGUAAACAGUUGUCUCAUCCUCCUAAACAAACGAUUGAUGACAAAAACACUUCUCUAGUGCAGCUAGAUACAAAAGAUGAUAUUUUUCGAUUUGCCGUUGAGAAGCCACUCGAUGCAUUGAUUCAGAAAAUGUCAGCUUACAAUGAUCAUUACACAGAUUUCGAAGAAGCAUACAACGGAGAUGUCAUAAGAUGCUAUGUACAUACUGUAACCGAUAAAUUUGGACUAAGGGCUAAUACGGUGCAGAUGUAUACUUUGGCUAAUGCUAUGAUUUCCGAUUGGGAUGGAUCUGGUACUAUAACAGGAAUAUUUCCGUUACCUACUAUCUCUUCUAGUGCUAACGUUAAAAGCACUCAAGUGCAGAACUGUCGUAUCGAUGAGAAUGCCUUUGUUGAUGAAAAAACUUCUCUCAAAUUGAGCCAUAUCGGACCUAACACAACAAUUGAAUCGAAAACAAGAGUUUCUCAAAGUAUUCUAAUGGGGAAUGUAACGAUAAAACAAAGAUGUGUAAUUCACAAUUGCAUAGUAUGCAAUGGUACUGUCAUCGAAGAGGGAUCUGAAUUGAAAGACUGUUUAAUUGGAGCUCAUCAUGUUAUUCCAGCCGGUAGUCAACAUAAUCGUGAUGUUUUAACAGAUUUAGAUAAACUUAUGGAAAUUUAAUAAAACUAUUGGCAAUAUCAGUAA